AUGACAUCCUCAGCUCCCAUUUUUCAGCCACUACAUUUCAUCCCAGUAAGGCAGCAGAGCGAGAUUCUAGACAAGAAAGUCCAAUGGAUGUAUGCCGUUGCCCACGAAAAACUCGCCCAAGGCGGCAAUCACUGGUGUUUUUACUUUCAAAUUGGCACCAAUAAUUCUGUCAAUCUCGACAUAACUCCAUCCUAUAUGGUCCCAAGUACCUCGAUCCCCGGUGGCUCCAAAGCGAACAUGGUUCUCAGUGACUUGACGUAUGUCCUCUCACCGGCGACAGAAAAGUCUGUUCGACUUGAUGUGGCAUCAGAGAAAACCGUACGCGACUUUGUCGAUCUACUUCUCCAGCAUAGCCGUCACAAGUAUGAAUUUAAUGAUCAGGGUCAGGGCUGCAGGUAUUGGUGCUAUCAUCAGCUUGACUUGCUUUGCCAAAGCGGGCUGUUGGUGAAUUUAGCCCAAAUUGAAGAGGCCAAGGCUGCUAUUCUUCUGCAGUGGCCAAGCCAACAACAAUAUCCUCUUGUACAAGGUGGAUUCUAUGAAUGA